UUUGAAGAGAGCAUACUGACAGCAAUUUACCAUUAGGUCAACUUUAGAGGAAUUAACAAGGGAAACGAAUUAUAGAAAUUUUAAUCAUCUUGUUCUGGUAUAUUUAAAAGACUGAAGUUAUUUCAAGUCGUCGGCUUGUAUCGAUUUUCCCAGAUUCCUUACAUGUCUCACGUUCAGACUAUUUUUAGCAGAAUUCGCGGCCCUUUCUGCAAAUUAAGUCAAUAUAGUCUUCCAUUAUCCUCAUCCGCGUCGAUAAUUCAAAAAGAAAACCUAAAGAACGCCCUUGGAGAAGCAAAAGAUGCUUUAGCACAAGCCUUAAGUGACCCUAACCAAAUCUUAUCUGCUAAUUUAUGUGAUUAUUUAUUUUUUCCUAUAGCUCCAAUUUUGAAAUCUUGGAGUCGUGUUCCUAGCACUGGUCUUGAAUACGCUUUAGAGUGCAUUCGAUUGAUAUACAAUCACGGGUGGAAACAUAUUCAUAAUGAAACACUUACUCUUCAACUCAUUUUGUUAAUUAUGAACAUUGCAGACGGCUGGAAGUCUCCGUCCGAACAUGCACAGCAAGAUCCUUAUGUACAAGAAACUGCUCUGGAAGUACUAACGGAUUUAAUAGUCGACUUUCGUCCUAGAAUGGAGGAUCAAAGGCAUUAUUUACUAUUUGCUAAAUGUUUUUCCUAUAGUUUGGAUUCGUUUUCUAAAAGCAAUAGUUCUGUAAGAUUACAAAAAGCAACCCUUGGAUGCAUGGACGCUUUACUACGUCUGCCAGUUUCUCUCGACAUAUUAACUACUUUUCUUCCUGGAAUUGUUUCUGGAUUAGCAAAAGGGCUGAGUCCUAAAGGACCAUGCCGAUAUUUUCAGUGCGUUUCCCAGGCUUUACAAGUAUUGGAUUAUACUCUUGUCACGAUUAUCGGGGAUAAAGUCACAAAAGAUUUACCAGAAGUCAAAGAGUCUCUGGAUUCCUCUAGUUUUAUGGGAGUCACCAAAAGAACUGCGGCUUGGAAGCGAGCUAGCUGUCAACAGAUUAGCACCGCUGUAAAAACGAUAUUGCAUCACCGCUCUUCCCAAAACUUGCACAUUCAAACGUCUCUCUUCCGUUUUUGCUUUUCACUCUUUACUAAUUGUCUAGAGUCACUAAAGGAUUGUCGCAUCCAUUUACUGGAAACUAUGCUUCUGCUGGUAAAUAAAAAAGAAAAUCCACAACUUGCUAAUAAUGGAAUCGAAUUAUUAUCGAAUUUCAUUUCUUCUCAAAACAAUACGCUGGUUAUGGAAAAUGUCCUAUCCGAUUGCCUGCAAUCAUGGUCAUCUGCCUGGUCUGGUAUAUCAAAUUUAGCUUCAGAGGACGUUAAGUUGGAAAAGUUAAAGCAAUUACGAUGCCUUUUGACAUUUGCCGGACAAGUUCCCAGUGUCUUACAGUCGACCGAGCCUCUCUUUGAAGAUAUUCUGAGUCAGCUGUCCCCAAAUGCUUCAGGUAUAGAAGCAAACCAUCAAAAAGUUCUUACCACAACCUCUUUAGGAAAAAAUAUAAUCAACGGAUUUUUCUUUGGAGAUCAUGAAAUGGAGCAGGUUGUCAGGUCCAUUCUGCUUCAAUUUGCCGACUCGCCCCAAGCCAAAUAUAUCUUGCAAUCACUUUUUUUGAAAUCUACUUCUCUUGUAAAUAGUUCCUCCCUAACGUCAUUUUGGGCUGGCUUGCACAUUUUGAAGCAUACUAAUUCUACGAGCGUUAAGGUAUUAUUCCUGGAGUCUUAUGAGCAAAGGUCUCUAGAAAUUUUACAAGAAAUAUCUCAGUUAAAUACCUUUCACGGGAAAAAUAUGAAGGAAGAAAAACAAAGAAAACAGUUUGGAAUACUUUGUGCUCGGGCUUGUAUCGCGAUGGAUUGUAUUAGUUGGGUAGCUGCUGAACAAGGAGAAAAUUUCCGUCCAAAGCUUAUGAAUGUCCUUUAUCCUAUUUUAGAACAUUUGGCGUUUGCUUCUUCGUUUGUCUCUACAUUUGCUGAAGCUUGCAUAGAAUCCAUAGUUUACAAUUGCAAAUAUGGUUCAGCUGCGGAAAUGCUACGAGAGAACAUUGACUACGUUGUAAACUCUGUCGCAUUAAAAUUAAAUACGUUGGACAUUACACCACAGCUUCCUUUGGUGAUGGCUUAUGUGAUUAGAAAUGACGAUGGUAGCGGCGUACAGUAUAUUGGGGACGUUAUUGAGUCUAUCUUCACAAUCCUGGAUAAUUACCAUGGGUACACCAGACUUACAGAGGGACUUUUAGGGAUCCUGUAUGAAAUUAUUAAGCAACAAAGUACACAAUCGCGUGAAAAGAGACAGCAAUUGACUUAUCAACCGUCGAAGGAAAUUACAGAUAAAGAAGAAAAGGGUUCUCAAGGAUCCAUUUCCAAGGAUAUCCAAGAGUUUUUGGAAGCUUGUCAACGAAAUCCAAAAUACCCUUUUCCACCAAGAAAAGAAGGAAUGGAAUUAGGAGAAGCGGCGGAAAGCGGACAGGAAGGUUUCAAAAAGCAUUUGGAAGAAGAAAAUGAGAAACAAGAAAAGGAAGGGGAUGAAAAUGAAGAAUUAAUGGAAAGAUCUAAGGGAGAUGAAGAGGAACAGAAAGAAAGUACUGGGAUGAUCAAGAUGGUGCAACAAAUAGCAGAAAAAGCACAACUGUUUUUGACACAUGAGCAAAUAACGAUUCGAGUUCAGAUGAUAAGGCUUUUAGGGUAUGCAAGUCAAGUACUUGUUGAGGACCCCAAUACCUUUUACCCCACAAUUCACACAUGCUGGCCAUUGCUCAUAACGCAACUUAACACAGGCGAGGCAGUGCUGGUAGAACUGGCUUUAGGAAGCAUUGCGCAAAUGUGCACAUUGGCAUACGAGUUUAUGGGAUCGCGCAUUAGGAAAGACCUAAUUCCCAGAUUGAGGAUGCUCGUGAGAGAGAAUGUGUUAUGGGAGAAGGCACCUCCCUUUUCGAAAGAGCAUCGUUUACAGAGAUCCAUAGCAUGUGUGGGACUUGCAUGUAUGGAAAGCCGGCAGGGUCCGUCGGUAUAUUUAGACUUGCUAGACCUUAUCGCGCCUAUCUUGCGAUGUUUAGAGAAGAUGCCACAAACUUAUAGUGAUGAUGGGGAAUUUGUGGAAUCAGUGUGGAAUGCAUUUUCACGACAAAAUCCCGAUGCAGUGUAUUAUGAACGAGAAGUGGUCAGACAUCGAAAAGAACUUUUGGAGGCGGGAACUUUAAAACUGAGACAAGGCGAGCUAAAAAGACGGCCACUUAUGUAUCGUGGAUCUGAGCGAGCUACACUUGAACCAAAUGACAAAGCAUCUCCAGCGACCUUUUUGGAAGAAUUGCGAACGCAACCUACGGCAAUGACGAGAGACGAAAGCCAGCGGGAGGAGGAAGCUGAGGAAAAGACUACUGAAAAAGAUCACUUACCCUCGCUUAACCAUUUACUACAAGGUCAAUUCGCUGAAGAUCCUCGAGACAAGAAGCCCAAGAAACCAUUGAUUUCAAUGCUGUAAAGAAAUAGUUUGCAAACAAAAGCUACUUCCUGCGCAAGUUAAGAAGUGAGGAAGAAAAACAGUGAAGUUUUGUUUCUAUAUUUAUUUCUAUGUUAAGGAUGUUAAGUUUAAUUUAAUUUUCUGGCCUAUGUCUGACAGUCUAUGGAAUUGAAAUAAAAAGUGAAAGCAACAGAAUAAAAAUAAAAACUAAUUUUUUUCACUACAGAUGAUUUGAAUCUUCAUCCCAAUGUUGUCCAUAUUAAGCUAUAUGUUUUGGAUUCACCUUCUUGCAAUUUUUUUUUUUUUAUCUAUGAUGGGGUUGGUAUGAGGAAGAAAAUUUUUGGUCUAUCUGAUUAGAUAAACAUUCGUUAUCUAUAGUCCCGCAAAUUUUUGGUUGGAGAAGCGACGGAUCCACAUAUGACGCACGAGCAAAAGUUCAAUCGCCGGAAUCAGGAAGAUCAACGCUAAAACACUGUUGCCGUCCGAUGUUCUACUUCAAUCAGCGUGUAAAGAAGCGGAUAUUGUGACUGUUUUGUCUAGGGAUGGUAGAUA